GCUCCUACUUCCUUUUUAUAUGAUAUAAAAGCAAAAAUAUAUCACUGAAUUUGCAGAUCUCUUAUUUACAAUUUAGAAGUGUUAAAUUUAAUUCAAAAUGUUUGCAAAAAAUAUAAUUCUAAUGGCGCUGUCCUUGUAUCUGAGUUUACAACCAACAUACGGUGAAGAUUAUGCCAAAGAAGUGCAAGAAUCCUUUGGAUUAGAGACAAUACCAACAUUAAAAUUGUACCAUCGAGGAAAGAAAAGCUAUUACAUGGGUAAUAUUUUUAAAGGCAACCUACUGCAAGCCGAACAAUUUUGCCGAUACCACGGUAUGAAUUUGGUGAAUAUAGAAUCAAAGGAAGAGCACAACACUUUGCAAAAAAUAAUCGUUGAAACGCGUAGUGUGGGAGCUGGUUCUGCAGAUUAUAUGUUGACUUCUUUCACAAGAAUACCUGACGGUAAGUAUGUUUCUCUAACAAGUGGCAAAACACUGACCUAUUUGAACUGGCAUAAAACCCAACCAAAUGGAGGAUCGGAAGAAUGUAUUGGUCUACACUUAGAAGGAUCUGAAGUACAAUGGCAUGAUGUGUCGUGUUGGGCUAAACUUUAUUUCGUUUGCGAAGUUGUUUGGACAAAUAGAGAACAGGAAUUAUUGCAGGUUUUAAAUAAUACGGUCCAACAGCAAAUUGGUAUUGAGGAUAAUAUUAGAAAGGUGUUAAGAAUUCCUGCUUCUUUGUAAAACCAAAAUUCAAUACUCCACAUGAAAGAAAAAUGUAUUAUUUAAGUUUAAAGAAUAAAAGAAUAUAUAUAAGGUAUAA